GUCCCUGAGCGGUGGGUUCGAUUUGAACGAGACGACGGUCCGAUCGGUGCGCUGGGAUGGCCCGUCAGAAACUGUCAAGAUGUGUUACACGUGGACCAACUGAAGAUGCGACGUAUAUCAGCAUUACAGCUGGCAAAUGCCUACCCUGAGAUUGUACUACUCCUCGACAGCGGUCGUUACGAUGGGACGACGACUCUUUGGCAUUCGCCAGGCGGAUGCCAAAACAGAUGGCGACAACGAGCCCGCGGACGCCGCGUAUAUUCGAUACCGAUCAUGGUCUGGGUCGACGAUGUAUCAGGGAACGUAUCCAAGAUGUGGAACAAGCACCUUGUACUCUGUGCUUCCACUCUUGGUCUCCCACGGAGGAUGCUGGACGAAUCGGGCAACAUUUAUUUCAUAGGAACAUCCACAUUCGCAGGGGCGUUGGAGUUGAUGGAGGCCGUCGUACGGAUGACAGAAGAAAUUAAUACAUCGGAAUUCGAGUCCUUUGACGCUCUCUAUCGCGAGCUCAUCCUAAUCAACGUAUGGCCAGCGAUUCUGGCAGGAGACAAUCCCAUGCAAGCCGAGCUUUGCAGCCACAAGAGUUUCCACUCGAACAAGUUCUGCCGUCGCCGCCACGUGGGAGGCACGAGUACGGAGAGAAGUCCCCAGGGGUACGGCGGUUGUUUGAGAUCAACGCGGCGCGAACAAGCGGGGAAACGGCGGCCUGUGUCCGAUGCAUGUUAGAUCUAGCAACUCUACCUGGGCAUACGACCGCCAUCAGCCAAUACUCGUCUGAGGUGGUGGUGAAAGAUAUGUAUGCGGAGCAUGUCAUCAAGAAGAUGUCGAACGAGGACCGUUAGUACUUCAUGUCAGACGGGGCGCGAUAACGAUGGAAGAGGGAGGAACGACGUGGGCGCACCGCAGCAGGGAGGAAGAACACCGUCCCAUGAAAGAUCUCCGUAUCCAUCUCCCCACUAAACUCCAACACCUGUUCCCCCACCCAUCUUUCACCUCCAAAUAGAACACCAGUGCCUGGUCGCUGCUCUCCAGCAGCUGCAAGUCGUAAGUCGCUUUGGGCGGUUGGGCGGUGUUUCAGAAGAGGAUCGUUGUCUGAGUGAUCGACAGUGGGCUAUAUGCACAUACAUAUCAUAGGCAUAGUCCGCUUGCCUCCCACAAUCUCCCCUACAUGCUCGUGCAACACCUCACAACCCCCAUCAACAGAAGCUCCUGCAGCGCCCAUCACCCCCGCACUAUCCUACACCACGUUCCACUCAUGACCCAAAGCGCCACCCCACCUCCCACACCGUUCGUCUUCCCAGUUCGGAGUGGACGCACAGAACAGAGUACGUACUGGCGGUGCCCGAGACGACGGGGGCGAAAUGAGGUCUCCUAGGCAGAGUGCAUACCGCACCAUACCGCGGCGACCCCUCCCUCAUCCUCCUCCCGGCCCCAUUGGCGUCCCAGGCGCCAAAUCCGCUCCUACUCCCGGCGGCGACGGCGGGUGGGAGACGGCGCCUUGCCCGCUCACGUUCACCAGGUAGACUUCGAGCAUGCAUUGCAAGGCU